AUGGGACAGCCAUCCUUCGCGGCAUCGAAUGCCAUCAUCUACGUCACUUAUGGACUCUUCCUGAUCACGGGAACUGCCAUUGCGUGGAAGUUCCGCAACCAGUCCAAGGGAGAGUUCCUUUCUGGUAACAGGACUCAGACGGCCUUCCCCCUGGCCCUCAACUUCAUCGCCUCUGCCCUCGGCUCCGGCAUCCUCUUCUCCUACCCGGAGCUCGCCACCAUCACCGGCGUCCAGGGCGUCGUCGUCUACGCCCUCUCCUCCUCCCUCCCUCUCCUCAUCUUCGCCGUCCUCGGCCCCAUCAUCCGCCGCAAGACUCCCGAGGGCUUCGUCCUGACGGCCUGGACCCGCCAGCGCUACGGCACCAUCGCCAUGCUGUACCUCAGCUUCAUGACCCUCGUCACGCUAUUCCUCUACAUGGUCGCUGAGCUCUCCGCCAUUGGCCAGGUCGUCAACGCCCUGACAAGCCUCGAUGGCCUCCCCGUCAUGAUUGUCCAAUGCGUCAUCACCACCAUCUACACCUCACUCGGCGGCUUCAAAAUCUCCUUCAUCACAGACAACCUCCAGGGCGCCAUGGUCGUCUGCCUCAUCAUCAUCGUCGCAAUCACAAUGGGCGUAAAAACCGAGAUCGACACCUCCCUCAUCGACACCUCCGGCCUGCUCAAGCCCACCCUCCUCGGCUGGCAGCUCCUCUACAUCCUGCCCAUCUGCAUCCUCACAAACGACUUCUUCCUCUCCGGCUUCUGGCUGCGCACCUUCGCCUCCAAGACCGACCGCGACCUGCGCAUCGGCGUCUCCAUCGCCGUCGCCGUCAUCCUCUGCGUCCUCACAAUGGUCGGCGUCACCGGCCUCGUCGCCGCCUGGUCCGGCGCCCUGCCCCUCGACCAGAUCGCCGACUCGGGCUCCGUCGCCUUCUUCCUGCUGCUGCAGCAGCUCCCCGCCUGGGUCGUCGGUAUUGUUCUUGUUAUGGUCUGCACCCUCUCCACCGCCGCCUUCGACUCGCUCCAGUCCGCCAUGGUCUCCUCCGCCUCCAACGACCUCUUCCGCAACCGCCUCAACAUCUGGUGGAUCCGCGCCGGCGUCGUGCUCAUCAUCGUCCCCACCGUCGUCAUCGCCCUCAAGGCGCCCUCGGUCCUGCAGAUCUACCUCAUCUCCGACCUCGUCUCCGCCUCCGUUAUCCCCGUCCUCGUCUUCGGGCUCGUCGACCGCUUCUAUUGGUGGCGCGGCUUCGAGGUCGUCGUCGGCGGCCUGGGCGGUAUUCUCACCGUCUUCCUGUUCGGUCUGGUGUUUUACGAGGGCGACGCGCAGAAGGCGGCGAAUUUGCUGAUUAUUUCAGAGGGUUUGUAUGCUGACGACUGGAGCGUGUUUGGCGCCUUCGUCGCCGCCCCCGUGGGCAGUUUCCUCUGGGGCUUCGGCGCGCUCGGCGUGCGGCUUGGGUUCCAGUACGUGAUGGCCAAGAAGAGCGGCCGCCGCUUCGACGCGCUUGACCGGCCUGUCGGUCCUGGCUUCACCCCUGACGCGGAUGGCGUGCCGCAUACCGUCUCGCGUGAGGAGUACACCGACGUCACGUCCGAUGUUGAGAUUGUCAAGCCCGCUGGCAAGUUCUUCUAA